GGUUGGUGUCGGGAUGGAUGGAGUGACGGAGCUGCCUAGAGCAUGAAAGCAGGAACCAACAUGAAGAUUUCUGGGAAGACUGUGUGUAUGUUUGUGCUGCUUACCAUCACUGUUAUGAGAUCAGCAGGGAACUACAAAGUGUCAGUGACCGUAGGUGACAGCUCAGUGCUCCCCUGCCCUAACAACUCAAAUAUAAUAACUAUGCUAACAUGGAAAAUAAGUCCCAAGGUUGGAGGCCCCUGCAGCUUGGGAUACAGGGCUGAUACGAACAUGACAGACAGAACAAACUGCAGUGACAGCAUGAACUGGAAAUUCAGACCAGAUCUGAGUCCUGACCUUGAGAUACAGCAGGUGGGGAUAGCCCAGGAGGGAAAUUACACCUGCGAAGUUGUAACACCAGACGGGAAUUUCCAUGGGACAUACCACCUGACCGUGCUGGUGCCCCCCAGGCUGAGCCUGUACUGUGAUGAGCACGGGAACGCCGUGUGCGAGGCAGCAGCAGGGAAGCCUCCUGCUCAGGUCUCGUGGCUCCUACAGAGCAACUCCUCCCUUGAGGACAAAAGCCACGACAACGGGACAGUGACUGUUCUCAGCAGGUUGGCAGCAUGUAACACCAGUGUGACUGACACAACCUGCAUGGUGUUCCACCCAGCUGGGAACUGGACUGAGUCCAUAGCCUGUUGUUCCUCAGGCAAAAAGAAGUACAUCCUGUGUGUCUCCAUUACCAUUUGCCUUCUGAGCAUUAUGAUCUUCAUGGUUCUCAUUUACUACACCAAGCUCCACAGUAAUAGACUGUGCCACAAAACCAAACCUCCCGAAACUGAUCCUAUACAGAAUGACACGACGGAAGUGGAACCUUAUACUACUUAUGUGCAGAAGGAAAACGUAAUUUACAACUCAGUGUCUGAUCUGACUGUGGGGCAGAAUCUUUCACAAGAGCUAUGGCCAGAAACUUGAACAAUUCAACAACACUGGAAAGACACACUUUAUAAAAGAUUGGUUAUAUAAAGAAACUUCUCAGAAGAUUUCUUCAGAUUUUGGGGCAGCAUAACUAACUAGGUCUCUUCAAACACCUGUGCUUGGCAACGAGUCUGUAUAGGUCUAUUUUUUUUUCCCCUCUUUUUCUUUCUUCCUUGGGAAGAAGCGAUAUUCCUUGCAAAAAUGUGAGUGACCCCGCGGCACAGUUUUUCCUGGAAAAGAUGUUGUGACCUUUACUUCCCUUUACUGUUCUUGCCCUGGAGGUUCUAGUUUUGUCAGUCACUUCUAAAUGUAACUUUGAUACACUUGACACUAUGAUGCACACAUUUGGGAGACCAGAGAGUGUUAUUUCUGAACCAAAAUGAAACACUCUUCAAUCAGCAGCCACUUUUUUCUAAUUUACACAUUACUAACAUAGUGACCCAAGUACUGAUCAUCACUGAAUACCUCAAAUAGCAGAAGAUAUUGGUAGGGAAGACCCAGUUCUAAAAAUGGAAAUGAGUGAUAAAUUUAGAAGAUCAUCCACUAAGAGUCUUCACUAAUAUGAAUAAUUUACUUGUUAGUUUCAUAUUCAGUAAUUCAGGAUGCCAUUAUAGGAUGCCAUCCAGAGGCACCUGGACAAGCUCGAGAAGUGGGCCAAUGGGAAUUUCACAAGGUUUAACAAGACCCAGUGCAAAGUGCUGCAACUGGGUUGGAGCAACCCAUGGUAUCAAUCCAGGCUGGGGGAUGAACUCAUCAAGAGAAGCCCUGCCUAGAAGGACUCAGGGCUGCUGGUAGGUGAUAGGUGGGAUCUGACCCAGCAAUGUGUGCUCACAGGCCAGAAAGCCAAAUGUGUCCUGGGCUGCUUCAAAAGAAGGUACGCAGAUGGCAAGAAGUUAUUCUGCCACUCUGCUCUGCUCUGUGAGACCCCUUCUGAAGUACUGCUUCCAGCUCUGGUGUCUCCAACACAAGAAAGACAUGGACGUGUUGGAGAUAGGUCCAGAGAAAGGCCACCAAGAUGAUCAGAGGAAUGAAGCACCUGUUGUAUGAGGAAAGCCUGAGAGAGCAGGGAUUGUUCAGCCUGGAAAAGAGAAGGGUUAGGGUAGACCUAAUUGUGGCCUGAAAGGAGUCCACAAGGAAGAUGGGAAGGGAAUCUCUACAAGGGCAUGUAGUGACAGGGCAAAGCGGAAUGGCUUCAAACUAAAAAAGAGUAGGUUUAGAUUAGAUAUUAGGAGAAAAUUCUUUGCUGUGAGGGUGGUGAGACACUGGAAUAGGCUGCCCAGACAAGUUGUGGAUACCCCAUCCAUGGCAGUGUUGAAGGCCAGGCUAGAUGGGGCUUUGAGCAACCUGGUCUAGAAGAAGGUGUCCCUGCCCUUGGCAGAGGGAUUGAAACUAGAUGAUCUUGAAGGUCCUUUCUAACCCAAACCAUUCUAUGAUUCCAUAAUUUCCACUAAAUGUGUUCAUUCUCUAUUUCAGAUAGUUGUUAUGAUCACUUUUUCAUAAGAUACUCUGAAGAUAUGACAUUCCCCUCUUUCUUAAGAGUAUUAGCAUUAAGAUACUGUAAAAUAAUUAUGUUAGUCAAAUCUCAUAGGCUACUUUUAUCAGAAACAAACAUAAAAUA